CAACAAUUGUCAGUGUUUGGCAGUGAAAAAAUCUUAACCUGAUUGAGAACCCUGGAGACAUCACCACCACGCUUUCAGUCAAGCCAGAUAUGUACCUUAUCCACUCCCACAAACAAAAUCUUGCCAUUUCUACCUUUAUCUAUAUAUUCAUGUCAUUAACCAAACAACUCAAUACAAAGUAUUUUGCUCCAAAAACCAGCUUUACAAAAUGCAGGCACCCUUGAGCUUUACACCUUCACCCCUCUCCAUAGCCUUAGUGACACCCACCAAGAGUUUGGCUCUGCCAUGGAAGUCCGUGCUUAAAACGCAGACUCCUCGAUGUUCCCCGAUAAAAGGAACACCUGUUGCACAGGACAACUCAACAGUUGAUUACAGCUCCAUGGCCUCUGUUUUUCCAGCUGAGGCAUGUGAGACGAUUGGAGGAGAAGCUUGUGAUGUUGAGAUGUACCCUGAAGUGAAGCUAGAGCCGCCAGAAGCUCAAGGCACCAAGGCUAUGGCUGAUUCAGAGCAGAUUGACAGAGAAUACCUGGAGUAUAAUAGUCCCAAGACGGUCUUCUUAGGAGAGGCUUGUGAUGAUCUUGGAGGAGAAUUCUGUGAGCCCGAGUACCAGACAGGAGUUCAGUAAUUUCUAAUAGAUAACCUAAAAGUGCAUAUAAAUAAGUUGAUCACCUUCUCUUUAAUUUAUCUGUAACCGACUGACUUGACUUUGUUGUGUGCAUCUGACAUAGCUGUUGAAUAAUGAUCCUGAUUUUGAAGCUAUCAUGAACUUUUUUUUCCGUA